CAAGUACGAGCACACUUCUGUAGUUGCUCUCCGCUUCGGCUACCCGGGCGAAUCACGGCACGAGGCCCCUGCCCUGUGGAGCGCUGUUUGUGGCUUGACUUGAUUAUUGCCUUUUCAGUUUGAAACAAAAGGAGACGAGAGAGACACUAUUUUGUACCAUGGACUGGCAGCGGGAUUGUUGCUGAGCACACAAGAACAGCCCGGACUGGACCUGUGCGGUGUUUUCUUGCAAAGCCAACAAUGGCUCAGUGUCCCGGAGAACAGGAUGGCCAUAGCAACCAGGAUGCCCAGGAUGUCCAUGACAACCAGGAUGUCAAUAGCGACGGGGGUCCCCAGGGGGUCCAUAGCGACCAGGGUAGUCAUGAUAAUGAGGGUUCCCAUAACAACCAGGGUGCCCAUAGCAACCAGGAGGUCCAUGGCAACCAAGGUGUCCAUGCUGGGGUGGGCGUCACCAACCCAGAUGAAGCCGCCCCCAACAUGGUCGUCUACAGGAAGAUUGAAGACCUGAUGUUUCGGCUGCAGGAAGAGGAAGGGGGCGUGGCCAUCCGCACAGUCAAGAACUUCCUGUCCAAGAUCCCCUGCGUCACAACAGGCUCAGAGAUCGUACACUGGCUGAUGAAGAAUCUCUGCAUUGAGGACACAGGUGAGGCUCUGCAUCUGGGUAGUCUGAUGGCGGCUCUUGGCUACUUCUUUCCUGUCUCUGAGCACACUCUCUCACUGCGGGAUGAUGGGACCCUCUACCGCUUCCAGUCUCAGUACUUCUGGCCUUCCAACUACUGGGAACCAGACAGCACUGACUAUGCCAUCUACCUGUGCAAGCGGACCAUGCAGAACAAAGCAAGACUGGAGCUGGCUGAUUAUGAAGCAGAGAACCUGGCUCGGCUUCACAAGGCCUUCAACAGGAAGUGGGAGUUCAUCUUCAUGCAGGCCGAAGCACAAGUUAAGAUUGACAGGAAGAGGGAGAGAGUGGAGAGGAAGAUCCAUGACAGCCAGGAGAGAGCAUUCUGGGAUGUACACAGACCUGUGCCAGGUUGUGUGAACACCACAGAAAUGGACAUCAGGAAGUGCAGGCGGGAGAAAAACCCUCACAAAGUUAAAAAGUGUCUGUAUGCCGUGAUAGAAGAGGGCCAACCUCUUCCUGCUCCUUCCCCUAUACACACACACACCUGCAGACGCUACAAUGAAGACAAGGAGGUACUACAGAAGACUACACUGACCCGUCUACUUUCACCUGAAAAAGGAAGUUUGUGUCUACCUUUUUCCAUUCUUAAGCUGGACAGACACUGCACGGAAAUAUCCAAAAUGGCAGACAGCGUGAUGAGCUACUCAGAGCAGUUUCAGGAGUUCGACCCCUUCCUGACCCCCCCAGAACCCUCGAACCCCUGGCUGAGUAACGACACCAGCCUAUGGGAGACAGAGAACAGAGAGCCUCACCCGGUGCGUGUGAAGAAGUGGAGCUUCUCUCUGGAAGAGGCCCUGAAGGAUCCGGCUGGGAGAGAACUGUUCCUCAAGUUCCUACAGACAGAGUUCAGCUCAGAGAACCUAAGGUUCUGGUUGGCGGUGCAGGACCUCAAGUGUCGCCCCCUGGUGGAGGUGAGCGUGUGUGUGCGGGACAUCUGGAGUGAGUUCCUGGCAGAGGGAGCGCCUAGCUCUAUAAACCUAGACUCACACACACACGAAACCACGAGCAUCAACGUCAGAGACCCCGGCAGAUACAGCUUUGAGGACGCACAGAUGCAUAUCUUCCAGCUGAUGAAGAGAGAUAGCUACUGUCGUUUCCUGCGCUCCAGCACCUACCAGGACCUGCUGACGGCACGCAAGUCUCCCCCAGGCGGUGAGAAAUCGGGGCGUCGCAAAUCACUGGAGAAGAUCACACGCAUCAAGGGCAAGUGUAUGACGGGGAAGCGACAGAAGGGUGUGAAGCCAUCUUCCUGACAUACCCUGGAGACCACACACACACACACACACACACACACACACACAAACACACACAC